CAUUAGUUAGAUGUGAGAAUUCGACAAUAUGCGACCUCUAUCAAUUAUUGCGUUUUUCGUUGUGUUUGCACACGUCCGGGGUUACGAUGACAAACCGACGGUAGAUUUCGGACGGUUGCCCGACGACACCGAACCGGAAUGGUACGCGCUGAGCUUGGUGCCGGACUUUGAUACGGUAAACCCUUCGUUCGCCGGCCGAGUGGAUAUCUCGAUCGUAGUGAAAACCACCACGGACGAGAUCACGUUUAACUCCAAGGACUUGGUGUUGCACGAAAUCACGAUGACAGACGAUAACACCAACGGCGAUGUUAGGGUCGACUCCUGGAAGUACGUGGAAGAACUGGAACAAGUCAAAGUCAAGAUAGACGGACAUAUUUUGGCAAAACAAAAAUACACAAUACAUAUUGAUUACAGUGGUUAUUUGAACGACGAUGCGUCCAAUAUUUUCCACACCUCUUACGAUGCCUACCCACGUGUAAAAAAAUGGGUGGCUGCUAACAAUCAAUUACAAACCAAACACGCAAGAAGUGCUUUUCCUUGUUAUGAUGAACCACAUUUUAAAACACCAUUUAACGUAUCAAUACAAAUUAAAAGGAACGAAAUCACUUUGUCAAACAUGCCAAUUUUGAACACAGUUGACAUAUAUGAGCCCGUUGCAAAAGAUUCAACCAAAUACACAUACAAGACCUGGGUUAAUUUUAUUCAAACUCCACCAAUUUCAACAUUUAUGGUUACCAUUUUCGUUGGUGAACACAAGCGACAUGACAAAUUCCGUCAAAGCUUAAGUCUAGGGGAUGGCUUAUAUCUGGAAAAAUACAUGAUGAAACGGGCUCUUGAUCCACUAAACGCAAUAAAUAAUAACAAAAACGAAGGACAAACUACCACCAUUGUUACUACAGAAACUUCACCAAUGUCUGAGAGUACAGUGACUGAAACAUCUGAACCCACUUCCACCAUUGUUACUACAGAAACUUCACCAAUGUCUGAGAGUACAGUGACUGAAACAUCUGAACCCACUUCCACCAUUGUUACUACAGAAACUUCACCAAUGUCUGAGAGUACAGUGACUGAAACAUCUGAACCCACUUCCACCAUUGUUACUACAGAAACUUCACCAAUGUCUGAGAGUACAGUGACUGAAACAUCUGAACCCACUUCCACCAUUGUUACUACAGAAACUUCACCAAUGUCUGAGAGUACAGUGACUGAAACAUCUGAACCCACUUCCACCAUUGUUACUACAGAAACUUCACCAAUGUCUGAGAGUACAGUGACUGAAACAUCUGAACCCACUUCCACCAUUGUUACUACAGAAACUUCACCAAUGUCUGAGAGUACAGUGACUGAAACAUCUGAACCCACUUCCACCAUUGUUACUACAGAAACUUCACCAAUGUCUGAGAGUACAGUGACUGAAACAUCUGAACCCACUUCCACCAUUGUUACUACAGAAACUUCACCAAUGUCUGAGAGUACAGUGACUGAAACAUCUGAACCCACUUCCACCAUUGUUACUACAGAAACUUCAAAAAUGUAUCAUAGUACAGCUACCGAUAAAAUGAAAUCGACAUUGAUUUUUGGUGAGAACAUUAAACCGUUUUAUGAGCGCCCGUAUUUUAUAUUUAAUUUUAUUUUCACAAGUGUAUUAAUACUUGUUGCGCUUUUAAUGGGCAUAGUAUUUUUCUGGAAUAAGCUCAUUAAAACAAAAUGUUUUCAAAAUAAUGAUGUAAAUAUUUUUUUGUAAAAUAUUAAAAUAUAU